AUAAUAAAUGGACGGUGAUAAAAAAGGCUAAAUCCCUAAUCUCGCAAUCGCAGAGCUUCUCGCCUCUUGUCUUCUCCAGCGUCCGAUCAAUCUCCCUCUUUCUCCUCCGACCAUCCUCACUCUCUCCCGCCUUUUUCAAACCAUCUCGCGCUAGCUCUCAGAUGGCGGAUUCGCAGGCGAAGUCGUCGGGGAUGAGUCCCGGAGUAGGAGGCGGCGGAAGCCACGAGAGCGGCGGAGAUCAGAGCCCGAGGUCGAUGAACGUUCGCGAGCAGGAUAGGUUCCUCCCGAUCGCUAACAUAAGCCGAAUCAUGAAGAGGGGUUUGCCUGCUAACGGGAAGAUCGCUAAGGAUGCUAAAGAGACGAUGCAGGAGUGCGUCUCUGAGUUCAUCAGCUUCGUCACCAGCGAAGCGAGUGAUAAGUGUCAGAGGGAGAAGAGGAAGACUAUUAAUGGAGAUGAUUUGCUUUGGGCUAUGACCACUUUGGGUUUUGAAGAGUACGUUGAACCCCUCAAGUUUUACCUGACGAGAUACAGGGAGGUAUGUGGGAACUGUGGUGAUACAUGAAAGAGGUUUUGUGCAUCUAGCUCACUAACUGACUCUUUAUGUUUUUUUUCCUUGUAUGCGAUAUGGAUUGGAAUCUUGCAGAUGGAGGGUGACAACAAGGGAUCAGGAAAAGGCGGGGAAUCGAGUGCUAAGAGAGAUGGUCAACCAAGCCAAUUUCUGCAGCAUGGUCAGCAGCAAGGCUCUUUCUCACAGGGUCCUUAUGGAAACUCUCAAGGCUCUUCGCAUAUGAUGGUUCAAAUGCCGAACGCAGAGUAGUAGUAGAAGAAUAUUCAUCACAAUCUCCGGAGAUUCAUCUAUUCAUGUUCUUGUUUCUGAGAUCAAUAUAUUUGAGUUGUGGUAUCUCUGUAUAUGAUUGUGUUGUAGUAGUUUUCUCAAAAGAUGAGAAUUGAGAAGCAACUUUGUUUCUACAUUUGAUUUUUUUAGUUUCUUAACUUUCGGGUCUUAAGAAGAAACCCUUAUUGAUUUA